GGCGGGGGGGGCCGGUUUGUUGUGGUCGCCAUUUUGCUGGUUGCAUUACUGGGUAAUCGGGCCCUGGCUCGCCGCGUCCGUCGGAUACCUUCAGCCAGUGGGCAGGUCUGAGCUCGGGCUUCCCGAGCAGCUUGAGUCCCCUUGCCCGCGCCCUCAGGUCUCAGCGGCGGUGGCAGCCGAGGUGCAGGAUGCGAGAAGGCGCCCCCCGGCCGGGCUCCCGCUCCAGGCCUCGCUCCCCUGCGGCCCUCUGAGCCCACCAUGGCCGUCCCACCGGGCCAUGGUCCCUUCUCUGGCUUCCCGGGGCCCCAGGAGCACACGCAGGUAUUGCCUGAUGUGCGGCUGUUGCCACGGAGGCUGCCCCUGGCCUUCCGGGACGCGACCUCAGCCCCGCUGCGCAAGCUCUCCGUGGACCUCAUCAAGACCUACAAGCACAUCAAUGAGGUAUACUAUGCGAAGAAGAAGCGGCGGGCCCAGCAGGCGCCACCUCAGGACUCGAGCACCAAGAAGGAGAAGAAGGUCCUGAACCAUGGUUACGACGAUGACAACCAUGACUACAUUGUGCGCAGUGGCGAGCGCUGGCUGGAGCGCUAUGAGAUUGACUCACUCAUCGGCAAAGGCUCCUUUGGCCAGGUGGUGAAAGCCUAUGAUCAUCAGACCCAGGAGCUGGUGGCCAUCAAGAUCAUCAAGAACAAAAAGGCCUUCCUAAACCAGGCCCAGAUUGAGCUGCGGCUGCUGGAGCUGAUGAACCAGCAUGACACAGAGAUGAAGUACUAUAUAGUGCACCUGAAGCGGCACUUCAUGUUCCGGAACCACCUGUGCCUGGUGUUCGAGCUGCUUUCCUACAACCUGUACGACCUCCUGCGCAACACACACUUCCGCGGCGUCUCCCUGAACCUGACGCGGAAGCUGGCGCAGCAGCUCUGCACGGCGCUGCUCUUCCUGGCCACGCCCGAGCUCAGCAUCAUUCACUGCGACCUCAAGCCCGAGAACAUCCUGCUCUGCAACCCCAAGCGCAGCGCCAUCAAGAUCGUGGAUUUUGGCAGCUCCUGCCAGCUUGGCCAGCGGAUCUACCAGUACAUCCAGAGCCGCUUCUACCGGUCGCCUGAGGUGCUUCUGGGCACACCCUACGACCUGGCUAUUGACAUGUGGUCCUUGGGCUGCAUCCUGGUGGAGAUGCACACCGGAGAGCCCCUCUUCAGUGGCUCUAAUGAGGUGGACCAGAUGAACCGGAUUGUGGAGGUGCUGGGCAUCCCACCAGCCCCCAUGCUGGACCAGGCACCCAAGGCUCGCAAGUACUUUGAACGGCUGCCUGGGGGUGGCUGGACCCUACGAAGGACAAAGGAACUCAGGAAGGAUUACCAGGGCCCCGGGACACGGCGGCUGCAGGAGGUGCUGGGCGUGCAGACGGGCGGGCCCGGGGGCCGGCGGGCGGGGGAGCCGGGCCACAGCCCCGCCGACUACCUCCGCUUCCAGGACCUGGUGCUGCGCAUGCUGGAGUAUGAGCCCGCCGCCCGCAUCAGCCCACUGGGGGCUCUGCAGCACGGCUUCUUCCGCCGCACGGCUGAUGAGGCCACCAACACGGGCCCGGCAGGCAGCAGUGCCUCCACCUCGCCCGCACCCCUUGACACCUGUCCCUCCUCCAGCACCGCCAGCUCCAUCUCCAGCUCUGGAGGUUCCAGUGGCUCCUCCAGUGACAACCGGACCUACCGAUACAGCAACCGAUAUUGUGGGGGCCCUGGGCCCCCCAUCACUGACUGUGAGAUGAACAGCCCCCAGGUCCCACCCUCCCAGCCGCUGCGCCCCUGGGCAGGGGGUGAUGUGCCCCACAAGACACAUCAGGCCCCUGCUUCCGCCUCGUCACUGCCAGGGGCCGGGGCCCAGUUACCCCCCCAACCCCGAUGCCUUGGUCGUCCCCCAUCACCAACCUCACCACCACCCCCGGAGCUGAUGGAUGUGAGCCUGGUGGGCGGCCCUUCAGACUGCUCCCCACCUCACCCAGCGCCUGCCCCCCAGCACCCGGCUGCCUCAGCCCUCCGGACUCGGAUGACAGGAGGUCGUCCACCCCUCCCACCCCCUGAUAACCCUGCCACUCUGGGGCCUCGCUUGGGCCUCCGUGGUGUACCCCAGAGCACGGCAGCCAGCUCAUGACCCAGCCCCCUCCCUGGGGCCCCUCCUGAAGCCAUACCCCCCAUCUGGGGGCCCUGGGCUCCCAUCCUCAUCUCUCCCCUUGACUGGAAUUGCUGCUACCCAGCUGGGGUGGGUGAGGCCUGCACUGAUUGGGGCCUGGGGCAGGGGGUCAAGGAGAGGGGUCUAGGCGCACCCUCCCCAUUAAGGACUGGACCCUUGGCCCCCUCUCCCCCCCUUGUUUUCUAUUUAUUGUACCAAAGACAGUGGUGGUCCGGUGUUGGGGGGAGACCCCCUUCACCCUAGGGCCCUAGGAGGGGGUGGGGGCAGGUAGGGGGAGAUGGCCUUGCUCCUCCUUGCUGUACCCCCCAGUAAAGAGCUUUCUCACA